GGAGUCUCACUCUGUUGCCCAGACUGGAGUGCAGUGGCACACUCACGGCCACCGCAGCCUCAACCUGCUGGGCCCCGGCGAUCCUUCCGCCUCAGUCUUCCAAGUAGCUGGAACUACAGGAGUUAGAAAUGGAGUCGUCAUAUCUUCAAAAGCACCUUGGGACAUGCCUAACUCAGGGUCUUGCAGAGGUGGCAAGAGCUCGCCCAGUGGAUCCAAUAGAAUAUUUAGCAUUGUGGAUUUACAAGUAUAAGGAAAAUGUGACUAUGGAACAACUAAGACAAAAGGAAAUGGCUGAAUUGGAACAUGAAAGAGAAUUAGCUCUGAUGGAGCAAGAAAUGAUGGAGAGGCUCAAAGCGGAGGAGCUCUUGUUUCAGCAGCAACAGCUGGCAUUCCAACUGGAGUUGGAAAUGCAAGAAAAAGAGAGACAGAGAAUAGAAGAACUACAGAGAGCUCAAGAACAAUUAGAAAUGGAGAUGAGAAUGAGUAUGGAAAAUAUAGCUAAGAGUGAAGAUACUUUACAUUCUGAGGAGGCAACACCAGACUCAGGCAAAACACUAGCUGAAAUCAGUGACCGAUAUGGAGCACCCAACUUGAGCAGAGUAGAAGAACUUGAUGAGCCAAUGUUAUCUGAUGUCGCAUUAAACAUUGAUCAAGAUUUGUAGGAUCAAGCAACAUAAGAGCAAUAAAUUUUUCUGCUUAUUUCAAGUUUC